AUGCUCAGGAGGUGCGGGACGGUGCCACCCGGCCCUCGCCAGAGCCAGGUAAGCAGACAUAAAUGCCUGGACAGGAAAAAAAUGGCACAGCCCAGCCCCGUCUUCCCAACGCUCGGCCCCACGGAAAGGCGCAUCAGGAACAUCCCCUUGCACAGCCAGGCUCUGACUGCCGUUCCUCUCGGGUCAGCCAGACUGGUGGACCAGCUCGAAGACCGCAUCCUCAGCCAUGAGAAGACGACGGCUGCCCUGGUGGAGCACGCCUUCCGGAUCAAGGAGGACAUCGUGUCCACGCUGCACAGGAUGCAGAACAAAGGGGGAGGGGACCGCCUGGCCCGGCAGCUCCUGGAAGAGCACAUCCGCAACAUCACCGCCAUCGUCCGGCAGCUGAACCGGGACAUCGAGGUUCUGCAGGAACAGAUACGAGUCAGGGAUAACCUAAGCUACGGCACAAAUUCAACCUUGAAGAGCCUGGAGAUGCGCCAGUUGUCUGGCCUGGGCGACCUCAGGGGCCGCGUUGCAAGGUGUGAUGCUGGGCUAGCCAGGCUGUCUGCGGAACACAAGGUGACCUACGAACGACUUCAGAAUCUCAGCAAAGACCAACAAGCGUCCAAACUGAUCUUGGAGUCUAAAAUCAAAGAAACAGAAAUACAGAUUUCUCACCUUUUGAGCAGAGUAGAGCAGUCCAUCAUGCAGCAAGAAGCCAAGCUGAAGCUCACCUACAAAGAGAACAACCAACAGCUCCACCUUCUGGACACAAAAUUGCAGGACACCAUUGAUCACCUCAGUAACCAGAUCUCAUCCAAUCGGAGCUCGAUGGAGCAAGAGCAGGAGAGGAUUGAGAAAGAUUUCCAGGAGAAGAUCGAUCAGCUGUCCUUGGCCGUUAAAGAAAAAAGUGAAAGGGACGACAGAGCCCUCCAGCUGCAGUUCAGUGAGAUCCACGGGAAACUGGAUAAAAUGGAAGAUGUGCAAAAAAUGGCAGCAGAAGAACCGGCAGCGAAGCAGGUGGAGGAACGGCUCAACAUGCAGCUGAGCAAACUCCAGGCGGACGUCAGUGAAGAUAUCAAAGAAGUGAAGGCUGAAGUGAAUGCAGGAUUUGCCGCCAUCUACGAGAGCAUUGGAUCCUUGCGGCAGGUUCUUGAAACGAAAAUGAAGCUGGAUAAGGAAGAACUACAGAAGCAGAUUCAGCAGAUCAAGUAAGAGACC